AUGGCGUCAGGACGAAAUCCACAAUCCCGCCAAAACGCCGGUUUUGAUCAGACAAGGAUCGGCCUUCAAGCGCCCAUUAUUGGGGAGCCUAUGACGUUUGCGACAGGCCAAUUUGCAGGGCGGACGAUAAGAGUAGAGCUGGAGGAACUUCAAAAGGCUGAAUCGGGGAGAAAAUAUGCAAAGGUUGAUCGGAGACCGUUGGAUCCUCCACCUGCUGUUCUCCUCCGUCUAUUCGAAACGGACCCGCAAUCUGGUGAAUGGGAAAGAGAGUUGUUGUACGAGGACGUGUACAAUGUUGGACUCAUGUGCACCGUUGACCUGUUUCCGGUGCCAGAAUCUUUUUACGAUGCUAGAUCUGCAACGUCGCAGUCACCAGAACCUUCUUCGUCACACGACCGCGAUUCUAGUGGCAGACAUCAUCUAUAUCAGCCGUUGACGUACUUUCCUCUCCAUCCGUACAUGAGCAUGGAAGCUAGUGGCAGCAGUCAGACGCCCAUGAUGCCGUUUCAAAUUCCACGCCGACAACCUAUGCUGGCCAACGUGCACUCGUCGGACCCACCCAACGAUGUCGCCAUUCGCAUCGGAAACCACCUCGUCACCGAGUCUUCCAAGCUCACGCCCGCCCUUGUCGGCGAAAAAUUUGCAGAACCGACUCUUAUUGACCACAGGGGCAAGAAAUGCCUUGUGUUCGUUUUUGGGGACCUUGCCGUGCGAAGGGAGGGUGUAUUUAUACUGCGGUAUAGAGCGUUCGAUAUCUUCUCGGGUAUAAAUGGCAGUCCGCCUUCUCCUGUGCUUGCGGAGCUUUAUGGUGGACCCUUCAAGGUGUACUCGACUCGCGAAUUUCCCGGGUUGGAGCCGUCGACUGAGCUGACAAAGAACUUGUCGAAAUACGGCGUUCGUGUGACGUUAAGAGAUGCAGAGCGCAAGUCAAAGAAACGUAGUAAAUCUGACGAAUAA